UUAGGGCAUGGUAGGAAUUAGCUAGCAGAUUCGGGACAGAUGGAUCAGGGGUUCACCCCAGUCAUUCUUUGAGGUUACACUUAUAGUAUACUUCCUUAAACGAUCACCAUGACGGUGACAACACACGAUGCCACAGUGAUGAGGUGUGUUGCCCCAACAGCAGGAUGCCCACAGACCUGUAGGAUCAGUUUAUCAUUGAUGGCAGAGUUGGGGGCAAAUUUGGUCUCCUUUAUCCAGGUCACCUCCAACCUCCAACAGAUCAUCUGUCGAGUAAGAGUAGCCGACAGUGCCUACAAUAAUUACAUUGAAUUUCAUCCCACAGUGUUUCGUCAAUGUCCAGAAACGAAAGAAAAGCCAAAAGGGAAGGAGGUGUCAAUUUACACAGAGAAUUGCAAGAAAUGUGUAAGUGCACCUGAUAACCAAGAUCAAGAAAACUGGAGACAAUCUACACCUUCUGAAAAAAUGCUAACAUUGUCAUGUCAGAAUGGUAUUAAUCUAGAACUGCUAACUCCAGUUAAAGUUGAUUUGGUGGAAGUUCAUAUUGUGACAAGUAUUGAACAUGUGAAAAAAAUGAAAAUAAAAUUGAAGACUAAUCAUAAACAUUUAGAAAAAAUGUGUAGUAAUUUAUUGCAUAAUUUUGGUGUAAAGGAAAACUUCAUAAUAGAUUUAAAAUUUUCUUCCUUGGCAAAACUUUAUAAUAUUUCUCAUUUAAUAGUCAAACAAUGUGAAGGAGGGGUUGGUAAACGGCAAGAUAAAGUCUUCGUUGUUGGUGUACAAACAAAAGUCAAUGUAACUGAUAUACAUAGUACAGAACGUUUCACAAGUCAGUUAUCUUCUAUAGCAACUCCUUUGGGUGGCAUAGAGGAAAUUGCUGAAGAGCUUAUAGAAUUAGUUAAGAUCCCUGCAGCAUUGACAAAGUGUUUGGGUAAUACAGCAUUGAGACCUGUUCGAGGGUUGUUACUACGAGGACCGCCAGGCACAGGCAAGACUUCACUUGUCAAAUAUGUGUCAUGUCAGACUGGUGCCCAUCUUGUCACCAUUAAUGGACCAGAGGUAUUUGGCUCCCGUCCAGGCCAGACAGAGGAAAAUCUACAGAAGAUAUUUGAAAAAACAGUUCUGUUUUCUGAAGAAGGGCUUUGUAUUUUGUUUAUCGAUGAAAUAGAUUCAUUGUGUCCAAAGAAGAAACCAGGGGAGACAACCUCAGGCCAGAAUGCAUCUGGCUUGCUUUUGAGUUUCUUCGAUAACCUCCAUGAAAGUCUCUCAUUGCUUGUGAUUGGGGCAACCAACAGACCAGGAUCUCUGGACCCCGCUCUGCGAAGACCAGGACGACUUGAUAAGGAGAUUAUGAUGAAUAUACCAUCCUAUCAACAACGGCUAUCUAUCCUUGAUAUUCACAUCGGAAAACUCUCACUCGGAAAUGACAUUGACAUCGAAAAGCUUGCUCGCAUGACUAACGGUUAUGUUGGAGCUGACCUGGCAUCUCUGUGUCACGAGGCUGCAUACAGUGCUAUGUCUGACACCAAAGAUACAGCAGGUUCUAUGCAGGACAGAGGUCAUAUCCGAAUGAAACAUUUCCUGUGUGCUGCCAAGUCUAUCACUCCAUCCACGCAGAAAGGUUCUGAAGGACUGAUAGACACACCCCCAGUGGUCUGGGACGAUAUAGGGGGUCUAGAGGACACUAAGCUACAGAUCAGACAAGCAAUUGAAUGGCCGAUCCAGCACCCUGAAGCUUUCAAGAGGAUGGGCCUGCCCUGCCCCAAGGGCGUCCUGCUGCAUGGACCUCCAGGAUGCUGUAAAACUACCCUGGUGAGGGCUGCUGCAACAUCCUCAGGAGCAACAUUCCUGUCCCUGAGUGGGGCUCAGCUCUACUCUCCUUAUGUGGGUGACUCUGAGAGGAAGGUUACAGAGAUUUUCCACAGAGCACGAGCUGGAGCUCCAUCUAUCCUCUUCUUGGAUGAGAUUGACUCAAUCAUUGGUAAACGGUCAGACUCAUCAAGUCAGCGUAGUGUUCAAGAGAGAGUCUUAUCUACCCUCCUCAAUGAGAUGGAUGGCAUCGGAGUGAGACUGGAUGACCAGGUGGUGGGCGGGGCCAAGGUCAUGGAGGGAGAAGUAUGUCCACAGGAAAGCAGUGAUGGCAGUAGAAAGGUGCAGUCUGUUGAAGAUGCUUCAGACAGGAGGAAUGUUGUAGUUGUUGCAGCCACAAACCGCCGGGAUCUUUUGGACGAUGCUCUGGUCAGGCCUGGACGCAUGGACCGAAUUCUCUAUGUACCUCCACCUGACACACAGGCCCGAAGACAGAUCCUCAACAUCUACACAAAACACAUGCCAGUGCUUGAUGUGGACUUAGAUGGGAUAGCCAUGGCAACUGAGAAUUACACUGGAGCAGACCUAGAAAGUCUCUGUAGAGAGGCAGCAUUAAAAGCAUUAACAGUGGAUUUAUGUGCAGAUGUUGUUAAAAUGGAACACUUUGAAAGUGCUUUAAAACUUGUAAAGCCUUCUCUUUCUGGAAACUUGAUACAGAAAUCUCAACCAUCAGUACCAUGGAGUUUCUGUCCCAAGAAACAUUGAUGUUAAGUGUUGGAUGAUGUCAUUAAAGCU